ACAAAGAACGGGACCUUUAAUUUAUCACUUAAAACUUGCAUAUGAAAUAAUAAUUAGAUUUAAUUUAAAUCCAUUUUGUUGGCCAUUUUAUUUAUUGUUUUUUCCAUUGCUGCUGACACAAUUAGCAGAUAUAGGACGGCCGGGCUGAGCAAUUGAACGGUAAUUUUACAUUUAUUUUUAAAGCUUUAAGUCUAAAAUAGCAACACAAAGGAGGAUUUAUAGAGUAACUUACACACUCUUCUUAGAUCUCAUUAAGUUUAUGUGAUGUCAGUUCAUAAUUCACAGUCAUUGGUAAAGUGCUGUCAGGCAGAUUCACAAUCAACACAAUGUGUUUCUUGUAUUUAUAAAGGCUACACUAGUAUUUUAUUCACUGAUGUUUUUUUCUUCCUGUUAUUCUUCUGAAAACAGGCCAUUGCUUCUGAACAAAUUUUAAUUGACACUUUCUAAAUUCUCAGUAAAUGUACACACCUAUGAAAUAUAGAUAUGUGGUGAGUAUUUCUUUUUUUCCUUAUUGAUUAUCUCUAAUUUAUCAGACAACAAACCUGACAACCACAUAAAACCAUAUAAUCUAUGCAAAUUUGCUCAAAAAGGAAUCAUGAAUAAUUAAUCACAACUCAUUUUAAUUAAUCAUCAAUAUUUAAAUCAGUUAAUCAAAUGAACUUGCUGAAUUAAUAUUACAAUCAUUAAUCUGUUCAGCCAGUACUGAUUGUCCAUCAACUCUUCAGAAAGGAUAUUUACCCGUGGCCACAGAGGAAAUAACUGUCUUCAGUAGCUGUGAUCGUAACCGUUAUCAGUGUCAUUGAUUAAUAAGCAGAUCAGAAUCAGCUCGCAAGAGUGUGCUCAUAAGUGUUAUUUAGCUAACUCAGGAAGAAAUACUAGACUAAACACACAUAAACACUUACACAGGAAAUGAGAGAGUGGACAUGAGUUGAACUGUAUCAUAACGGGAAUGGAGCGAUGAAAAGAGUAAUUUAACCAGCUGGAAGAACCAUCAGUUUCUCUCUCUAAAGCACAUUUGUUAAUAAAGGGGUUCACAAUCUUAAUACUAAAUCCGUGCUGUGCAGCCUGUGCUGUUCGGAUCUGCAGUCUCAGGAGAAAUUCUUGAUGGUCUGGUCCGAUGGUGCUGAAGUUGUAAUCAAUAUCUUCAUUAAAAUUAGAAAAUGAAGACACCUCGUAUCAUUAAUUGAGCCGGUUGACAAGGAAGUUGCGCAUGGCUUAAAGGGAACGAGGCCUGGAGCCGGGUGGGAUCUCACGUGAGCAGUCCGUAAGUGUCAGCGGGAACAAAGAAGAACCAGAAGAGAGAAGACGAUCUGCGUGAGGCUUUUUAAGAAGUCACACCUCUGAGUUUUGGCAUGACCAAUGAGAAAAGUGCGAUUCUCAGGCGGGAGGGUUUCUUUGUUUGAAAGCGAGUUCAUUUGCAUAAGGGGAGUCAACUAGUAAGUUUGUGUCCAUUUAUGCUCUGAUACAUAUAACAAAUAUACAAUGCAUUCUAUGAUAUUGAGAUGUCCACCAAAGUCAUUAGGAGUAAUUUAAUAUGAAACACUACCUAGAUGGACUACAAUAUCUAGAUGUAUCUAUAAGUGUCUUUUUAGUGUGUAAGUGUGUGUGUGUGUGUGUGUGUGUGUGUGUGUGUGUGUGUGUGUGUGUGUGUGUGUGUGGCAAAUGGGGCAGACCUUCAGGAGUCUGCAUGCUGUGAAGUUUGACGUGUACAACUGUGUGUUUGAUCGCUCUAGACUCUACAACAGAGAACCAGAAAGUCUCUUUUAAGAGCGUCCACAUCACAAUUUGAUUUGCUAAAUAGGCAGCAACUCACACAAAUGACCCUUGACAUUGAAGACUUUACUUGUUAUUGAUUUAAUUACAAAUAUGCAAAAAUUUCAUUUUUAAUUGGACUGAACCUUUUAGCAAUAUUUUUGGUAUUGAAUAAACUACAUUUAUACAUGAAAUUUUGCUUAUUUUACUUGAUUACUGAUUCUUGAGAGAUAAAUUGUGUUUCAGUUUGGACGGACACAUGAAUGAACUCAUACAACCUUUUUAACAUGUUUCUUUCUAUCUUAUUUGUCACAGUUUUUAUUUCAAUACAAAGAUUAUCUGGUAAAACAGAUUUCUAUGCACUUCUGUGAUUGUAGACAAUGCAGCGUGUGAACAGGACUUUUAUUUUGGAGUGACGACAUGACGUCAUAAGACGGCGCCGCGCUCCUGCAUCUGCUGUGAUUCUGCUUAAGAAAAGUUUGUUUUAAAAAGUUAAGCUGUUUUAAAUGAUAGAAACAGUUCAAUAGUUGUUACAGUUUUUUAAAAGCGAUGUGAAAUGGCGUUUAUUAAAGAGGAGACUGAAAAUAUGAAGAUAAUUAUUAAAGAUGAGACUGAAGACGUGAAGAUCGAAGAUAUUGAGGAACAAACAGACCUAACGGCACUGGCUAGCCAUGAACUUAAUGAAAGGGAAGAAGAGAAAGAACAUAAUGAUAAACAUGAUUUCAUGACUGGGGAAAGGUCGACGCUGACUAAAAAGACUUCCUCACGAAAAAGAGUUCAAAAGACAGAAACUAAAAGAUAUUUCACCUGCCAACAGUGUGGAAAGAGUUUUGAUCGACAUAAAAACCUUCAAGUCCAUAUGAGAAUUCACACUGGAGAGAAACCUUUUUCUUGCCAGCAAUGUGGAAAGAGUUUCAUUCAAAAAGGACACCUUAAAGUCCACAUGAGAAUUCACACUGUAGAGAGCCCAUUCGCCUGUAUACAGUGUGGACAGAGUUUCAGUGAAAAAGCAAACCUUAUAGUCCACAUUAGAUCUCACACUGAAGAAAAGCCUUACACCUGCCAACAAUGUGAAAAAAGGUUUCAGUAAGAAAGGAAACCUUGACAUCCACAUGAGAGUUCACACUGGAGAAAAGCCUCACACCUGUCAAGAGUGUGGAAAGAGUUUCAGUCAUAAAGGAGGCCUUAAGCGACACAUGAGAAUUCACACUGGAGAAAAGCCUUACACCUGUACUAUGUGCGGGAAUGGCUUUUCACGGCAACAAAUCCUUUCCAUCUGCUCAUACACUCUAGUUACCAGGCAGAUUUUCUAAUAUCAGGUUUCACAGAGCAAGGGGACUUAAAGGCACAAUUAAUGAUAAUGAGUUCAUACAAAUAUGCCACCAACUCAUUCAUAUUUUCUUUUAUGGGGAUUUUGCAUAGGGGUUACAGUUACAUUACAUGUAUUGCAAAAUACAUAGGCCUAAUGUUUUGAGGACCAAGUUUGUAGUCAAAGUAUGGGCAGGCCAUAGUCAAUGUAAAUCAUAUUGUUGGUGUUUCGUCUGUACCAGUGAAUGUGCCAUAACUGUUUAUCCGCCGUCAUCGGUGGCCCUGCUUGCUUAUUAGCCUGCGCGUUCACGGCAGGCUCCGUUGUGAUGGGGAGGAGCUGUGGAGGGAGGGCUGUAGCGCAGCAGAGAGCAAGGGGGAGUGACCUGUGAGUUGUGCUUGUUCAAAUUUUCAGGCUAAGUCAACGUUUUCUAAAAACUCCCUACUGCAGCUUUAAAUAAUAAAACAAAAAAAAUCAAAGGAUGUCACAAUGUUUCUGUGUCAUCAGUAAUGUCAGUGUGUAAAGCAGAGUGCAUGGUUGGAAAUGUAAUGUAAUGUUGAGGCAUAAAUACAGAAAACAAAUCAAACAAAACAUAAAGUCCAAAACCAAACAAAGUCCAAAGCCAAAGUUCCCAAAGCUCUCCUUGGCUCGACUGUAGAUCUCUUUUUAAAGGAGCGCCUGAAGCACUGGUCACAGGUGAAUCCAAUAGACUGCUAAUUUGUGGGAACAGGUACCAAGCAGCAAUACCCGAGACCAACAGCAGAGGUCGUCACACCUGGUACCAUGCAAAAUCCACAGGCCUGCUUUUGUGACCAAGGGCACAUGAAUGUCUACUGGAGAGGUGAGACACACUCAGUCUGUGGCCAGGCUCAGGGUGCAUGUUGAAUGCCUGAUCCGGCAGGUGAAGUAACACAAGUUGUUUGACACAGUCAUCCCCUUGUCCAUUUCUGGUAGCAUUAAUCAACUUGCAUUGUCAUGUCUUCUCAUUAACUACCAGAAUGGGGCCACUUGUCAAGGCAUGGGCCCAGUGAGUCUACACAGUGUCAUUCUUGUCUGUCUUUAUUAUUUGGCACAUUGAAUUGUAAAUAUAGUCUGGAAACUGUCUAAUUUUCUUACUAUGAUGGCCUAUUUUUUUGCUUGCCUUUACUACUGAAGUUCAGAAGCACAUCAUGAUUCUGUUCACGCAUGGAGAUGAACUGGAGGAUCUGAAACAGGCAUUGAUGAACAUCUGAAUGUGGAGGAUGAUUUUACUGUUUCAGUAUUAAAGGUAAAUCAGACAUUCAGGUACAAGAACUACUACAGAAGAUCGAAGGAAUGAUGAUGGGAAAUGGUUUUUCUCCAGUGUGGAUCCUAAAGUAAAAAUCUUCUCACACUCAAAGCACAUGUACUCUCUCACACCAGUGUGUAUUUUCUCAUGUUUAUUUAAAUAAUACAGCAGUGAAAAACUUUUUCCACACACAGAACAUGAAUGUGGCUUCUCCUUUGUAUGAACUCUCAGAUGUUUCUUCAGGUUUGAUGCCCAGAGAAACGUUUUGCCGCAUUCAUUACAUGCGAACUGCUUCUCUUCUUCUUGUUGUGAAACUCUCCCCACAUUGAUCACAUGUGUGUGACUUCUCUCCAGUGUGAACUUUCAUAUGACUCUUAAGAUAUCCUUUUUGUGUGAAGCUCUUCCCACACUGAUCACAUGUGAACGGCUUCUCUCCUGUAUGAACUCUCAUGUGAAGCUCAAGAUAUUGUUUGGUUGAUAAACUCUUUCCACACUGAGUGCAGAUUGUAGAUUUCUUGUCUCUUUUUCUUUAAAAAAGUCUUUUUAGUCUUUGAGUGACUCAAAGGUUUCUCUCCAGGUUUGUCAUGAUGUUUCUCCUCCACUUCACUCAGUUCUUCACUCUCCUCACUCUCUUCCAUCAACUCUGAAAUUACAAAAAAAGUUAAUUUUCAGUAUAUUAAAGUAAUUCAAAAUGAGGAUUAUGAAGUGAAAGAACAUAAAAGUGAAUCUUCAUGUACUGAAGUAGACAACGGCUAUGAAAUAUUCUGAUAACUUUGAUGCCUUUUUAUAUAUUUAUUAUAUGUCCCUGAAACAAUUAUUAUAUUUAAAACAUUAUAGACAAAUCACUGUUGUGUUUGUCUGUAGUGUACUGUUUCUGUAGUAAGAACUAUUAAAUAACUUCUACAUUUUAUGAAAAAUACAACUUUAUCAGUAACUAUAAAUCAGAUUUUGUUUGUCAAGCUUACAACCCUGUCAGCCAUUCUGGAAAGUGAAUUUACUUGAUACAGUUUGGUGUUUACUGAUAUUACUGUUUUUUCUUUUGAAACAAGUCUAAAAUUUUGGUCACAUUAUUGCAAAUUUUGAACCAGAUUUAAAAUAAAUGUAAAAUAAUCUGUAUUUUUACCUGAUGUUGACAAUCAAUAUGAACAUUUUUCAAAUCUCACUUUACUGACCAUUUGUUGAAUAUUAGAUGAACUGCAUAUCUAAAUGUGUUGUUGAA